GUGUGGAGAGACGCCUCAUGGGGCCUGAGAAACGGGCUGUGGCGAUUUUACUUCUGCAGCUCUGCUGUGUUGGCUGUGGGCUGUGUGGCAGGGUCCUGGUAUGGCCCUGUGAAUGGAGCCACUGGCUCAACAUUAAGACUAUUCUUGAGGAACUGACAGAGAGAGGGCAUGAGGUGACGGUUCUGACUGCGCACAAUAUCCUGAAGGGUCACAGCAAACAUUCUGAAAUGAACUUUGAGGCAAUUCCUCAGCCAAAUGAGAACAAACUGACCGAAGAAAAAUUUGAUGUGCUUCUAGAACCAAUACUAAAUGUCAUGCCAACUUUGUCACUUUGGCAAAAGACAAUAAAAUUGCAAGAGUUCAUGUUUAAAAUAACUGAGCAAUUUGAAAUUCUCUGUAGGAGUGCAGUUUACAAUGAGACUUUCAUGAGGAAGCUGCAAGAGUCCAAGUACGACGUGAUGGUGAUAGACCCUGUGAUUCCCUGUGGGGAGCUGGUGGCCGAGUUGCUUCAGAUACCGUUCGUGAACACGCUGCGGCUCAGCAUGGGAAGCACCAUCGAGAAAUACUGUGGCCAGCUUCCAGUGCCUCUGUCCUAUGUUCCUGUCAGUAUGGGAGAGCUGACUGACAGAAUGACCUUCACAGAGAGAGUGAAAAAUGUAUUACUUUCAGGUUUCUUUGACUUUUGGAUCCAGCAAUAUGACUAUGAGUUUUGGAACAAGUUUUACAGUGAAGUAUUAGGGAGACCCACUACAUUAUGCGAGACUGUGGGCAAAGCUGAGAUUUGGCUAAUCCGGACGUACUGGGAUUUCGAGUUUCCUCGUCCAUACUUACCCAAUUUUGACUUUGUGGGAGGACUGCACUGCAAACCUGCCAAACCAUUACCUAAAGAAUUGGAAGAAUUUGUCCAGAGCUCAGGGGAACAUGGCAUUGUGGUGUUUUCUCUGGGGUCCAUGGUCAAAACCCUUCCAGAAGAAAAGGCCAAUCUCUUUGCCUCUGCCCUCGCCCAGCUUCCCCAGAAGGUUUUGUGGAGAUACAGAGGACCGAAACCAGCCACACUGGGAUCCAAUACUCGGCUUUUUGAUUGGCUCCCCCAGAACGACCUUCUAGGACACCCCAAAACCAGAGCUUUCAUCACCCACGGUGGAACCAAUGGGGUCUAUGAAGCCAUUUACCAUGGGAUCCCAAUGGUGGGAGUCCCCAUGUUCGCUGACCAGCCUGAUAACAUCGCUCACAUGAAGGCCAAGGGAGCCGCCGUGGAGGUGAACCUGAACACCAUGACAAGUGCAGACUUGCUGGGGGCCCUGAGGACAGUCAUCAAUGAGCCUUCUUAUAAAGAGAAUGCCAUGAGACUAUCGAGAAUUCACCAUGACCAGCCAGUGAAACCCCUGGACCGCGCCGUCUUCUGGAUCGAGUUUGUCAUGCGUCACAAAGGGGCCAAGCACCUCCGGGUGGCAGCCCACGACCUCACCUGGUUCCAGUACCACUCUCUGGAUGUGCUUGGGUUCCUGAUGGCCUGUGUGGCCACUGCUAUAUUCUUGGUUGCAAAAUGUUGUUUGUUUUCUUGUCAAAAACUUGGUAAGACAGGAAAGAAGAAAAAGAAUGAAUAGAUCAAGAAAAAAAAAAAAUUCUUCUAGGUUUGACAAAAUCCUCAAUAGGGCGAUCCUAUUGUUCCAUCCACAAUGAGCUCGUCAAACACACAUUUUCAUCUUAUUUUCAAAUAGCCAUUGCUCUGUCUUAGCCUAGGAUGAAUACUGGAAUUCAACACAAUAUUUAUCUACUCUGUUCAUUCUUCCUCUGUUAGUUCCCAGUUACCAUUGUCCUCUCACCUUAUCUGCAGAGAGGGACCACUAAUUCUUAAAUUUAUUUUAUACAAAUUAUUAAUUUAAAAUUUAAGCUGAAAUGAUAUGAUGGCCAACAGUAUGAUGCAGAUGCUCAAUGAAUGGCAUUGAUGUUUGUAAGGAUCUCACAAAGGUGGAAGUCACAACCCCUAUAAAUUCCACAGUAGAAGACACUCCCAAGAAUGGGUGUGUUAUGAGAAAAUUCAUGAUUUUCUUUUCAAGUUCAGGUGAACUUUUCUGUUUCUCCAGUGUCACAGGCAUGCAAGCAUGAGUUCAUAAUGGAUAAGGGAUUACAGGGAAAAAGGCAUGGAAAUCUUUGCUAAGCUAAUUUACAGAAUCAUGGUUUGUCUUUUCUCAAUAAACACCCAUCUCUGCCCUCUCAUGGGAGGCUUUGGGCAGUGUAUCAAUGUAAUAAAGAGAUGAUAUCGUAAUCAGCUUCAUGUUGCUGAUGUGAGCAUCCAAGAAGACUUUUGAUAAAAACUUUUGAUAAAAACUAUGGGGAUCUUUAAAGUUUAUCCAAGUUCAACUUGCUUGGAAGAUGGUCAUGAGUGUAUGGCAUCCAGGGGUGGAAUGGGACAGUUUGACUGUGAAUGUAUGUCGCCUGUAGGCGUGGGAAUUUUUGAUUGAAGUCAAGCUUCCUGCUUAAAUCUCCAGUAAUGUGCCGGAGGAGGUGUUACUGGGGAUGGAUGCUGGAGUCACAUCCUAAGAUGUGUUUGGGGAGGAUCUGAUUCUAGCCCGAAGGUGUGGAUGGAACAGUUUGAGCUCUGGCUCUUUGCAUUUGUAUUGGCUAUUGAAGGCUUCUCUCAUUUCGGAUCUCUGUAAGUAAGUGGCUUCUGCCAUCAUUUAUCGAAAUUGGAUUUUUAAGCUGAAAUAAACUCCUUCUUCCCAUAAA